ACUAAACCUAAAAAAAUGAACAGUUCGAAAGUCCCCUUCAAAGAUCUUCCUCCAGCACAAGAGGGCCGUGCUCACAGGAUCCCUUCUGGUCGAAGCCAGAAGGGAUCUGGUGCUAGUGCCUUAAGAGGUGCAGGAAAGAAGGAUAAGAAGGAAGAACUUAAAGUGGAAAGAGAGCAAGCAUUGGAAGCAUUGACGUGCCCGGUAUGCUUUACUUCGGAGUAUGAAGACUUUCAGUUAUGUAAGGAGUGAGGGUUUAAUGCCUGUAAGAUUUGAUGGGAUGUGAUAUUGGUGAGGACUAGAAAAUGUCCUCAGUGAAGGAAAGGAAUUACGAAGGGUGCUCUUGUUCAGAACUUUGCUGUGAACAAAAUCAAAGAAGAUAGGAAAAUCAUUCAGUCUAAGCCAGACCAAGAAAUGUUUCGUUAUUGCCCUUAUCAUGAGCGCAAUGGCAAUCAUAUUUGAGAAACUUGCUUAAAAUUUGUCUGAGUUACUUGUAUGACGGAAGGUACUCAUUUAGGUCAUGAAAUUUAUGAUGCAGAUGAAAGACCAGACCUUCAAGAUAGCAUCAUUGGAGCCCAAGAGCUUUGCAUGAACCUAAAAAACUGAUCCAAAUAUCUCGAAGAAGCUACUGAAGAGCACUUUAGGGCAGUUGAGAAUUGAGAAGGAAUAUUAGAAAGAUAUGUGAGCAAUCUUAAAGCUGUAAUCAACAGCGAAAUCGAUAAAUAAAGCUGAAAGUAUAAAGAAGCAAAUAUCUGAUCACAGAAUGAUCACUUUCAAAGCUCAGGAAGAAUCUACUGUCUUUCAAGAUAUCACUAGAGUUAUCUGAGAUGAAAGUCUUGAUGAACCAGAUGGAUCAAAACUGAAAGAAAUGUUCUAUGAUUUACUUGACGAAGGAGGUAUUAGCGACCUCAAGAAGUUAUUCCUUCCAAAAUCCAAAAGCAUAUCUAAAGAAAGAGUCAGGUCCUAUUUCCACCUUAAACCCCCUAGCUUAAGCCAAAGAAAACUAAACACUGAAGUAAAGGAGCCUCUCAUUCGUGAAAUUCUUAACCUAAAAUAG